AUGGAAGAGCAAUCUAGAAAUGAGAGACAAUGCUGUAUUACUCUAACCCUUUUGCUUCUGCUUUUUGGUUUCUUUGUUUUCAAGACCAAACCUACUUCUGACGUCAUAUUUUAUGAGUCGUUUAACCAACCUUUUCAUGGCCGGUGGACUGUCUCUCAAAACCAUGAAUAUCAAGGUGUGUGGAAGCAUUCACAGAGUGAGGGGCAUGAAGAUUACGGGCUUCUUGUGAGUGAGAAGGCCAAAAAAUAUGCCAUUGUGAAAGAGCUUGAUAAGAAAGUGAAAUUGAAGGGCCAAAAAACUGUAUUACAGUAUGAAGUUAGGCUCCAAAAUGGGCUUGAAUGUGGGGGAGCUUACAUAAAAUUUCUGAGACCCCAAAAAUCUGGAUAGAAACUUGAAAAUUUUGACAGUGAAGCUCCAUAUUCCAUCAUGUUUGGACCUGACAGAUGUGGCACCACAGACAAAAUUCACUUCAUUUUCAACCACAAGAAUCCCAAGAAUGGAGAGUACACAGAGCAUCACCUCCAGGAGCCUCCUUUUGUGCCAUCCGAUAAGCUCUCCCAUGUCUACACGGCAAUAAUAAGACCUGAUAAUAGAGUCUCCAUUCUUGUCGAUGGGGAUGAGCGAAGGAUGGCGUAUCUGCUUUCUGUGGAUGAUUUUAAACCCCCAUUGAUUCCACCUCAUAUGAUUCCUGACGAGAAGAAUAAGAAACCUGAGGACUGGGAUGAUCGUCCGACAAUUCCAGAUCCAUCAGCACCAAAGCCUGAUGAUUGGGAUGAGGAUGCGCCUCCGAUGAUUGAAGAUGAGGAUGCUGUAAAACCUGAAGGCUGGUUAGAUGAUGUGCCUCCGGAGAUUGAUGAUCCUGAUGCUUCAAAGCCGGAAAUUUGGGAUGAUGAGGAGGAUGGUGAAUGGGAACCCCCAAAAGUUCCUAACCCCAAGUGUGCUCCGGCACCUGGUUGUGGCAAAUGGAAGAGACCGGAGAAGAAGAAUCCUGCUUACAAAGGAAAGUGGAAGCGCCCUCACAUUGAAAACCCAAAAUUUAAGGGAAUUUGGAAACCCCGAAUGAUUAAGAACCCUAACUACUUUGAGAUUGAUACCUCCAAUUUUGAGCCUAUUGCUGCUAUUGGUAUUGAGAUCUGGACAAUGCAAGAGGAUCUUCUGUUCGACAACAUUAUGAUAACUAGGGAUGAGCACGUUGCUAGCCGUUACAGGGACACAACAUGGAAGCCAAAGUAUGAUGUAGAGAAAGCGAAACAAAAAGCUGAGGAACUUGCUCCUUUAGAUUUUGUCACCAGAUUCCAGCAAUGGGCAGUCAACAUGCUGUUCAGGAUAGCAGACCACCCUCACAUGGAAGCAUACAAACAUCACUUUGUUGAUAUCAUUGAGAAAGUAGAAGAUCAACCUAAAGCAACACUUGGCGUUUUCAUUUCCAUCAUCGUUGUUAUUCUGACAAUUCCCUUCACAAUCAUCUUCAGCAUUAAGAAGUCUUCUGCAAGUGUCAAUGUCGCUGGCAAGAAAAAGGACAAUGCUGCCACCAAAACUUUGAAUAAUCAAGGAAGCAACAAAGAAAAGGAAGAUGAGAUUGAAAAAGAGAAUGAGAAAGCCGCAGUUGCUGUUCCUCGUAAGAAGUCUGGGAGAAGGGAUGCUUGAACGAGGCAUAUGAAUGGCCUCCAGUUGUUAUUUUAAGAAAUUUUGAUCAGAAUAGGGACUUCUGUCGCUAGAUUAUUUCUAAGCAUCUGAAUUAUUUAAUUUUAGUUAUGUUGCACAGUACUUUCUAUAGAUAGGCAA